UUGAGGGGCGGGAGGCUGCUCCUCGAGGCUAAGGAGAGUUCCCUGGAGAAGAUACUCAUCGCCGUCCGCGCAGAGGUAAAACCACAAGCAGCAGCAGCAGCAGCACCGUCCAAGAAAAAGUCACGCCCGAGUUUCUACCCGAUCCCGAUUCUAAACGCCCUCGCCGUCCGCAACUUCCGCGCUACCCAAACCAUCCCCCUCGCCGUCUCCGGCCGCCACCUCCCGCUCGUCUACCGCAUCGCCUCGGGCCUCGCCUCGCCGCCUCACAACAAGGCCCUCCUCAUCUUCGACAUGGAACACCGCUUCGACGCCACCCGCCUCACGUGCGACCCCGCCGACCUCCGCCACAUCCACGUGCACCGCCCGGCCCGCCGCGCCGUCGCCGGCGGCAGCAGCCCCCGCAUCACCCCGGACCGGCUCCGCGAGCUCGUCGCCUCCGUCGAGAACUGGAUGUCCUACGGCGACCACCACAGCGGCGACCGCGAGUUCUGGGGGUCCAUCGUGGUCGGGGCCCUCGGCGCCGGGGACGUCACGGCGGCGUGGAGGGGCUGGCUGCGGGUCGAGCGCGCGGCCGUCAACGGGUUCCCCAUCACCUUUGGCGUGCGGGAGGCCAUGGCCGACCGGGAGGCGCGGCAGGAGGCCGUCGACGCCGCGCCGUGGGCUGCCUCCUCGCGGUGGGGGGACUUUUCUUUCACCGAGGCGCAUCCGGCAGCAUCCUCGGAGGAGACGUCCACAGAGACGAGACAAACGUGA